GGAGAGGUCGCAGAAAGACAGAGAGUGUGUUUGUGUGUGUGUGUGUGUGUGUGUGUGUGUGAGAGAGAGAGAGAGAGAGAGAGAGAGAGAGAGAGAGAGAGAGAGAGAGAGAGAGAGAGGCAGGGUAGCAGCAGCAGUAGCAGCAGCAGCGCCAGUGGUGGCAGCAGCGUCACCGCUUCUGUCUUCUCCUCUCCGUGUCUCUCUCGCGCUGCCAGUCUCUCUCUCUCCAUCCCUCCUCCUCCUCCUUCUUCUUCUUCACCACCACCACCUCCUCCUCUUCCUCCUCCUCCUCCUCCUCUCCUCCCUCCCUCCUUCCUUCCCCCUCUCUCUCAGUCAGUCAGUUUGAGGUUGAGCUUUAACGCUGCUCGGAUCUUCAGCCGCUCGCUGCUCUUCUCCGCCAUCGCUCUGCUCGGAGAACCAAGCCGAGAACCUGAGCAGCGCCAACUCUGAAGAACCCACCUGAGAACCCCCCCCCCCCCUGACUUCUUCUUCUUCCUUUUCCUCCUUUCUCUCUCUCUCUUCCUCUCCCUCUGUCUCUCUGUCUCUCUGUGUGAUCCUCUCUCUGCCACUUCCUUGCAUUUUUAAUGGAAAAUGGCGAUCCGCGCGCCGUCCUCGAGCGUCUUGUGCCUGCUCUGCGCACAGACGGCGCUUCUCUGGCUCGCGCUGUCCUCCUCACCUGCGGAUGCCAUCCUCCGCUUCCCGCAGCACUACACGAUGAUGCACUGGGCGAGCCGUAUCGAGAAGGAGCUGGACAAAGUGCUGCCGCAGGUGACCGGAGCCCAGCAGAUGAGAUCUAUUUAUAAUGAGAAGCGGAGUCAGUUUGAUGUGAAGAGGAACUCGCCCAAAGAACUGGUGGAGAGAGUGGCUCGAGAUAUCGCCAAGCUGCUGAACAGCAAGAGGAAAGCUCUGGAGAGGCUGGCUAGAGAAGCGGAGCAGAUCCAGACAGAGCAUCCUUGGCAGGACAGCAUCAAGGAGAGUGAUAUUCAGUACUAUGACUCCAAAUCUGACUCUGAUUAUUCUGACGAUGGAGACGAUGAGAACCUGUUGGACAACCCGUACUCUCUUCCUCUGGAGUUUGUGCACGACCCCAACUUCAAGAACAAAGUCAACUACUCCUACACCGCCGUGCAGAUCCCCACCGACAUCUACAAGGGCUCUCCCACUAUUCUGAAUGAGCUGAACUGGACUCAGGCGCUGGAGCGAGUGUUCAUAGAUAACAGUCGAGAAGAUCCCUCACUCCGCUGGCAGGUGUUCGGAAGUGCCACCGGCGUCACCAGAUAUUACCCAGCUACUCCAUGGAGGGCUCCAAACAAGAUUGACCUGUACGAUGUGAGGAGACGACCUUGGUACAUCCAGGGAGCUUCUUCUCCUAAAGACAUGGUCAUCAUUGUGGAUGUGAGUGGCAGCGUGAGUGGACUGACGUUGAAGCUGAUGAAGACCUCUGUGAUUGAGAUGCUGGACACACUGUCCGAUGAUGACUAUGUAAAUGUAGCGCAAUUUAAUGAAAAGGCGGACGCCGUGGUCUCCUGCUUUAAGACGCUGGUUCAGGCUAACGUCAAGAACAAGAAGAUCUUUAAGGAGAAGGUGAUGCACAUGCAGGCCAAGGGGACGACCGACUACAAGUCUGGAUUCAAGUUUGCUUUUGAGCAGCUGCUAAACGAGAGCACCGCACCGAGGGCAAACUGCAAUAAGAUGAUAAUGAUGUUCACAGAUGGAGGAGAGGACCGAGCUCAAGAUAUUUUCGAGAUGUACAAUUGGCCCAAUAAAACAGUUCGGGUUUUCACCUUCUCUGUAGGCCAGCACAACUAUGACGUCACUCCGUUGCAGUGGAUCGCUUGCGCCAACAAAGGAUACUACUUCGAGAUCCCUUCCAUCGGAGCAAUCAGAAUCAACACUCAGGAAUAUCUGGAUGUUCUGGGAAGGCCGAUGGUGUUAGCUGGCAACCGGGCCAAACAAGUGCAGUGGACCAACGUCUACCAGGACGCUCUGGGUUUGGGGCUGGUCAUUACUGGGACGAUGCCGGUCUUCAAUCUUACCGUUGAUGGGGACUCGAAGAAUCAGCUCAUCCUGGGGGUUAUGGGUGUAGAUAUAGCACUCAGUGAAAUUAAGCAGCUCACGCCACGGUAUAAGCUUGGAGCCAAUGGUUACACAUUUGCAAUUGAUCCCAAUGGCUAUGUGCUUCUGCACCCCAACCUCCAGCCUAAGAUCCCUAACUUCAGAGAGCCGGUGACGCUGGAUUUCCUGGAUGCGGAGCUGGUGGACAGCAGUAAGGAGGAGAUCCGUCGACAGAUGAUUGACGGCAGACCCGGACAGAAGAAGAUCAAGACGUUAGUAAAGUCCGUAGACAAGCGCUACAUUGAUCAGGCUUUAAGGACAUACAUAUGGACACCAGUGGAGGGCACAGAUUACAGUCUGGGUUUGGUGCUGCCGACCUACAGUGAGAGCCACAUCAGAGCCAACCUGACCGAUCAGAUCCAGCAGGUGCAGUUAAAAGACCACAAGGAUUUUGAAUCUCUUCUGCCACACACUUUUGAAUCAGAGGGACAUGUGUUGAUUGCCCCCAGGGAAUACUGCAAGGAACUGGAGUUAACCAGCAACAACACGGAGUUCCUGCUGAACUUCAUCGCUCUGAUGGAAAAAGUCACACCAGACUCCAAACAAUGUGACAACUUCCUGCUGCACAACCUGAUCCUGGACACGGGCAUCAUCAGACAGCUGGUGGAGAAAGUGUGGAAAAACAGGGAUCUCAACACGUAUGGGUUUCUGGCUGUGUUUGCAGCUACAGAUGGAGGCAUCACUCGCAUCUUUCCGAAUAAGGCUGCUGAAACCUGGGAGGAGGAUCCAGAGCCGUUUAAUGCCAGUUAUUAUCGCCGCAGUCUGGAUAACAAGGGCUACAUCUUCAGAGCACCGUAUCGGAACUUGAAUUCUCUGCUACAAGACCAAGAGAACGACACCAUCGGCAUCCUGGUCAGUACAGCCGUGGAGAUCACAGUAGGGUCCAGAACCAUCAAACCAGCUGUGGUGGGUGUAAAGAUGGACCUCGAGGCCUGGACUGCAAAAUUUAAGAUCCUUGCCAGUAACCACACAGACAACACUCGGCAGGGCUCUCAGAUGUGUGGACCAACCACUGGCUGUGAAAUGGACUGUGAGGCUCAUGAGGACUUGCUGUGUUACCUGAUAGAUGACGGUGGAUUCCUCAUCAUGUCCAAUCAGAUCAACGAUAUAAACAAGAUUGGGAUGUUCUUCAGCGAUGUGGACCCGGCCCUGAUGUACGCACUUUACAACAACUCCUUCUACUUGCGCAAGCAGUCGUUUGACUUCCAGUCGGUGUGUGAGCCCGUCCCCAGCAGCAACACCGGGGCGGCUCCUCGAGGAGUAUUCGUGCCCACUAUCGCCGACUUACUCAACGUGGCCUGGUGGACUUCAGCAGCAGCUUGGUCAAUCUUCCAGCAGAUGCUUUAUGGUUUUGCCUACCACAGCUGGUUCAUUACAGAUGAAGUUGAAGCAGACAGCAUGGACUCCAGAGAAACCAGCUGUGUCACAGUACAAACACAGUUCUACUUCGGGAACAUCAGCAGCUCCUACAGCAUAGUGCAAGACUGUGACAACUGCUCCAGAUUAAUCCACGCCAAGAGAUUAAAUAACACCAACCUGCUGUUUGUGGUGGCUGAGAAGCUGCCCUGCAACACCUGCGAUAUAGAAAAGUUGUCUCAGGAUGAAGUAGAGUUCAAGCAAGAAGAUCCCUGUAUGGACCUGCCGCCACCACGAUAUAGAAAAGGACCCUCCACCUGCUUCGAUUACAACAUAGCAGAGAAUACGACAGACUGCGGGCGAGGAUACUCCUUCCGCCCGUCGAUCUACACUUUACUCCUCCUCCAGCUCCCUCUCCUCUCUCUGGUGUCCCACCCCCACAUUUUACCCUUCUCCCUUUAACUUCCUCCUCCGCCGACCUCCCUCUCCUCUCUGUAAUUCUGCAUUUCUCCUUUAUCUCCCCUCGCUCUAGUCAUAGGUAUUAAAGGGACUUCCCGCUGCCCUUAAUACGGAAGCCCGGCAUACUGCUUCAUCCACUUAGCUUCACAGGUUGUUGCUUAGUGACCGUUGCAGAACUUUUAUCGUCUCCUGCCAAUCAGCAGCUUUUUUUCGUGGGAGGAGGAGCUAGAGGUUUCUUUGAGGAAGAAGAAGCUGAGGAAGUCAAUGACGCAUUCGACCGUCGGGCGGCGACGAAGCCGCUGUGGGAGGGAAGACGAGCGUCUGGAACCCCCGACGACGUGGGAGGGGCAGUGCGGAAGAACAUGGAUCGAACGUUCCCUCGCUGUACAGGGGGAAAAUCGCGUUUUUGUCAGACUCUGCCUUUACAGUUCAAGUCAUCCUCCUCAUCCUCCUCAUCUUCAUCCUUUACAGGCCAGCGACUGCCUCCGGUCUCGCUGCUUUGCUGCUUGCCUAAUUUGACAUGGGGCUACAGAACCUUCUGCCAUUUUCUAGAAAAAUCAGUAAUGCAAUCACAGAACUUUAAUCAGCUAACGGGAAAAAAAAAAAUAAAUAAACGAGUAACAACCUGUGAGUAUUUAAAGCAGCAUACCUCCAUACAUUAGGAUAUAACCAGAGAGGGAAGACGAUAGAUGUUAUUUAUGAAAAAAUAUCAUUUGUUUAUUUAUGCACUAUAUCUACUUCUUGCCAAAAUGAGAUAGACUUGUUGCGUGGUCUUAUUUUUUUAGCCAAACUAGGACGAGGAGAAACACGGGAGAAAAGCAAAAGCAACUCGCGUAGUACGUAGUAGAGCAUCAUAAGAGCAGAUAGGGAUAAGAAGGAAAAACCUCGUAGAAGAGAGAGAGAGACCAGGCCUGUAUUUCAAUUUGCCUCAUUUGCUCUCUUCUUUUCUUUAGUCAUAUAAGGGCUUCAUUAGGCAUAUCUUUCUGUUAGGAUGGUCAGUAAACUAACUAUAAUAGACGAGAAGUGCUGAGAAAAAGAAGAGAAACGAGAGAGAAACCGUGACUGUGGUUGCAGUAACUCUUCCAUGUUCUCAAAUAUAUAGACAAAUAUACAAAUUGGAUAUCUUGAAAUAUAUAUUAAUAUAUUAAUAUAUAGACAUCACCAGUCUAAAAUACUCCAUACUCCAUAUACUCCAUAAGUGAGGCCAUUUUUAAACUCAACAUAUUUAGUAUCAAAGUCAAUAUCCUGGUUCUCCUAUCAACUGCAGCUUAGUCUGGCUAAAGAUCAGUCUGCGAAAAAAUUACAAUUAAAAAUGCGAUGAAGAAUAAUAUCACUUUUUGCCAUUCAGUGUUGGUCUUGUCAUCGGGAGCACAUCUACCCACAUAGUGUAGUUUUGAUUUAAGUUGAAAUGCACAUUUUAACACUCAUUUUAACGUCCGUACUCAAAAAGUAAGUAGUGUUAUUGAUGCGAAGCACCAAAAUCUGUUGGAAUACUGAGAGAAUGCAAAUCUUAAACCUGCUAAACAUGAGCGAGUGAAGUGCUUGAAAGUGCUCACUGUACAAAAGAAAGGCAAAGAAAAAGUCACAUUCGUAACUUAUAUUAUUGGCUAUGACUAAAAGGUUCUACAAACGGUUCUUUAAGCAUGGCUUUCUUUGGAAGAACCACUUUUUUCAGAGGUUCCAUUAUGAUUGUUUCUAUGCAUGUUUGUUAUAAUAGAAGAAAUUGGUGAAGAUCCUUUAGAUCAAAAACUUUAUUCAUAUGACAAACAUGCUAAAACAUCUUAAUGGAAGAAAAAAUGGAAGGGAGAUUGUUCUUUAAAGGCCAAUAUUAGCAGAAACGUUGUUUUUAAGAGUGUAUUCCAAGUGAUUUUCAAGCUUUUCAAUCAGGCUAAUUAUCACAGACUAUAAAAAUAGAGUUUUUAAUGUUCAGAUCAUGCGGAAAAAUAACAAUUUGAAAGUGAGCAUUUAUCUUUAUAUCCCUCUUUUUUGUGCUUUGAUGCACUUUUGAGUUGGAAAAACAAAAACUACAGCAGACCAGUUAUACUAUAUGAUUUUUUUUUUUGAGUGAACAGUGUAUUUGCCUGCAUUAAAUCAACACUUUUAGAGUUAAAUUAACUCUUCAGGAGUUGCUUUAUUAAUUUAAUAAUGAAAGUGUUGAUUUUACACAAAAUUGUGCAUUUCUAGGCAAUUUCUUUCUUCCAAACUCCUCCGUCUUUUCUGAGCCGCAGCCUUCAGAGUGUAAAGCUACGAGUUGGGAACUAUUUCUCACAGAAAUAAGACCAGACUGGCCUUUAGUACAGUAGGGUUAUUUAAGUGUUUUUUGAUUCGUUUAAGAAUAUUUUGCCAUAGCCUCCGGAGCAGACAUAGCCAACUGUUGUUCUGGGGACCUUCUGUUAUAAUGCAUAUAUAUGCAUAUAUAUAUAUAUAUAUAUAUAUAUAUAUAUAUAUAUAUAUAUAUAUAUAUAUAUAUAUAUAUCUUUAUUCUUCUUUCUUUUACUUGCCCCUAAUGUAGAAAUCAAUUUUAAAAGAUCUAAAGUGAUCUCUGAAGGUGGAAAGCUCUGCUGUGUAUCAGUUAAUUUACAUAAUAAGGAGUAUAAAAAAGCGUUUCCUGACCUUUUUAAGGGCGCCUGGUGGCGUCCAUAACUUUUAGACCUACCACAGAGGCAAUCAAUAUACUAUAUUCUAUAUACUGCACACUGGUGAAAGUAAUGUCAUUCACUGUGGAGUCUUUAACUCUCUUUAACUCUCUUCACAAUGCUGUGACUGUUGAGGACUUGUAGUAGAGGUCAACUUGAGCUUUUAUUUAUUUAUUCAUUCAUUUAUGUAUUUAUUUAUUUAUUUAUUUUAAUAGAAUGAUUUGAAUUUUAUUUGAAGUCUUCUGGGUUGUGAUGAGCUUCAGUAUGUUGUAUAUGUGUGUAUAUGGUUGUAUGGGGUGGCUGAACUGGCUACACAGUGAUGGCCAGCUUUCAUUGCAGGCUUCUGUAAUACACUUAUUGUGAAUGUGUGUGUGUGUGUGUAUGUGUGUGUGUGUGUGUGUGUGUGUGUGUAUGUACAUGUGUGUAUGUGUGUGUGUGUGUGUGUGCACCUUGUAUGUAUUGUCUGCUUACAAAUGCAGCAGCAAUUGAAGCAGUGUUUGCUGUAUUCAGCUGGAAAAAUCAGUGAAAAUCAUUUUAUUUGCAAAAAAAAAAAGAAGAAAAAAAAAGAGAGAAAGCAUCCCGGAUGUCUUGUCAUGGUGGGAGAAGAAGAUGGAGUAAUGUUGUCCCGUUUUGCAGGUGUGAGAAGAAUGUUUUUCACGUGUCUUUUUUUGUCUCCGGCUUGCGAUUCAGCUUGUCUGCCUUUGUACACAAGAAUGAUCACACUUAAAAACCCUCCCUGGACUUUCCAUCUCACGGUGUCUCCCUGUAAUUGCUCUCUUUCUGCCUGUUUUUCUAUUUUAUUACAUCUUUUAUCUGCUUUUCUUCUCUCUUCCUUUUCUCCUUUAUAUUCCAUCACACUUUAUCUUCCGUAUUGAGCACAGGGCAUACAGUGUGUGUGUGAUUGGAGGAGUCUGUAAAUCAGCAGUAUUCUGCAAGGACAGGCCAUGGAAUGUAUA